AGUAAAUUCAGUUUGUUGUGGACUGUGGCCGGGAAUGGACGUUCCUGAACCCGGUUAUAUUUGUCAUUCUUCGAAAGUUACAUCGAAACCCGACAACAGAAUAUUGUGAAUUAAAAAUAGGUACUUACGAGUACUUUACCUUUUGUUGCCGCUCGUCAAAAUAUGUCAUUGCAACACAAUAGUGUUAUUCAAUAUUUAUUAUUUGCAUAGGUGCACAGUAAUCCCGAAGUUUUAUCAAGAGCCUCGCAUCUAAGUUAUCGAAGAAAGUUACGUACUAACAUAAGUAAAUAAAAUGGGAAGUAUUUCGAUAAAUAAAUAUGUAUAGAAUACACAGUUCGCACACAUGAUUUUAUAGUUAAAUAGGUAAUUUAAAUAAUUAAACUUCGAGAUGUGUAAGGGAGUAAAGGGUGUUAAUUGGGAGACUGAAACGCUUAUGGGAUCACCACCCCCAGUGUCAAAAUGGGAGCAAUUUGUUCCCCGUGCCGCCCUGUCGCAUGUCGGCCUUUUUGUGGCAUUGAUGUUGUACACUGCUGGAGGAGGAUUGGUAUUUCGAGCUCUUGAAUAUCCAGCAGAACUGGCAAAACAGGAAUACCUUAGAGAUCGGCUUCUUACGGAAAGGUGGAAUCUCAUACGAGUAGUAGCUGAUUAUAAUAUAAAUGGCACUGAAGAUGUAAGCUUGGAAAAAGUUCUUAGUGAUCAGCUAGCUGUUUAUGAGAAAGUGCUAGAAGACGCAUCUGGAGGCGGAAUAGCUUUCGACAUAGAGAAGAACUUCCCCCCACUGGAAGAGAAAUGGAGUAUAUUGCAAGCUGUAUUCUUCUCUUCGACCGUGCUCACCACAAUAGGAUAUGGCAAUAUAGUACCGGAAACAUUCUGGGGGAGAUUAUUUUGUAUCGCAUACGCCCUUAUUGGGAUCCCAUUAACGCUGACAGUGAUAGCAGAUCUUGGGCGAGCGUUUGCAACAGUUGUGUCUAUUGUGGCUAAGCACUUGCCAACGAUGCCGAAAUGGUGUAACCGACUAUCGGAAAAAAAUCCAGCGGGUCAGAGAUCUUUGUACGCGUUUUGGGCUGUCGGCUUCUUGUUCGUCUACUUGUCGGCCGGGGCAGGCCUCUUCAAGAUGUGGGAGGACGAUUGGACGUUUUAUGACGGAUUCUAUUUCUGUUUUAUCACUAUGACUACCAUCGGAUUUGGGGAUCUUGUUCCAAAAAGACCAAAAUACAUGCUACUCUGCACUUUAUACAUUUUAAUCGGGCUAGCACUAACUUCGACCAUUAUCGAGCUAGUUCGUAGACAGUACGCCAGAUCUUGGCAGCAGCUGCGAGCGCUCUCCGGUCCACUGGCAGACACAUUAAGGAGGCUAGGCGACGCCGGGCGUGGAGUCGACGUGUCUGCGCUGCAUAACGACCUCAGGAAGGUCUUAACUGUCGUCACCAUGCCUAGACUAGGUCGGGAUGGUCUUGGUGAAAAACGCCAGCUGGAAUGGGAAGCAGCUGUUGAAGCGGUUAUCAGAGACAUUACUAGCCCUAUAUCAUCGCAACCAAAGCCGCCUAUAGUUCAAAUUGUUAUAUACGAGUCUUCUGUGUAAUUUUAUGUUAGUUUUAAAUUUUGUGAAUUCUUCCUGUCUGUCUGCGGUGGUGUUUGUCAACUUUGCCAGUUUGAUCUUCAUUGUAAGCUCAUAUAAAAAUUAUAUAUUUGCCUAGUCAAAAUGUUUGCAUCGCCCGCCAUUUUCAAGAUAAUGUGUUACUAUGAUGAAUAUAGGUACAUACAAAAUAUACUAUGUAUUUGUAAUAUACAAAAGUGUGAACGCAAAUAUGCCUGUCACGGCACACCGGAUAGGCCAGUCAACUGGGCGGUUUUUGUAGAUUGAUUUAUGAUACUUUGAUGUUUCAAAUUUCACUGAAAGAUGGGUUUGGCUAAUGGCUACAGUUUGCUAAAGAAAUUUUACGUUUUAAUUUUGCCUACAUCUACACUACACUGUUGUAUUAGAAAAUUAUCAUGAAUGAAAAAUCAAUAUACCUUGUAGCCCUCAGCUUUACGUCGUUGCAAAAAAGCUGCUAGGAAUUUUGCGUGCCUCAUAAGUGCACAACAAACUGAAAGUUUCAUUUCUUUCGCAUACUAGGUUACAUAUAUAGGUACACUUUACAUGCAUUGAUGUCGAAAUGGUUCCACGCAUUUUCUUACAUUAUCUUACUCAUAUUCUAUUUAUAACGAAAACAUCUCCAUAAGUGAAUAUUUGUUUCCUUGAAUUCAUAAAAAUGAGAAGCUGUUCUUGAAAAGAAACACUUAGGUCUGAAUGUUGAUUGUAAAUAAGUAGUAAAUACUCAAUAAGCUUUAUUUUUAUGAUAUUAUUCAUUGCUAAGAAGCUAAAAUAGCAUAAGAGGCUAAUAAGUAAUCGAUAAGCAUCAUCAGUAGGUACUAUCACCUAUCUUCGUUCUUGCUAGCGUUCUAAUUUCACCCAGUAUUUCUUUUCGUAACUGCCUAAAAAUUUCAACAGCUAAGCAUAAUGGCGAAACAAUUUUUGUGUUUGAUAUCUUAACUUUCUUAUAAGAUCGUAUCAAUGCGUCGUAUCGCUAUAGAGUCGGUAUUCCGCGUGACAAAACGGCAUUAGGUAGGUCUUAUCGCUUAAGGUCACAAUAAAAGGCUAGAGAAAAUAGGGAAAUUAUAAAAAUUCUGUAACCUUUGUCCUGAGAUUAGUCGUUUGUUAGGAAUCGUCCUAUUAUUUUGAAAAUAGGUACCUACCUAAAAAUUCUUGCGAAAGUUCAGUAUAAUGUUUGAAAAGACAUAUUAUAUAAUAUAUAUAUUUCAUUAUUGUAAUAAGCAUGUAUUGUGAAUGUGGUUAUGUAAAUAUUGAUUUUAUUUAUAAAAGAAUGAAUGUUUCUUAGAAUUGCAAGAAAUGCUAAUAAAUAAUUUGAGUUUUGUA